UUGGGACUUUUCUAUAGCGGGAGGAAGCUUUGGGGAGAGAGAGGGGGGGUCGUUUGGUUAGACUGCGUCGAACGAUUUUUUGCUAACGUGUGCCUUUUUUUGCUCUUGGAUAAUAGGCGAACGGAAGGAUUUCGAGGUCUAUAGUUGUGAUGUGUCUCCGGAUGGUAGUCGAUUGGUUACGGCAGCUGGAGGUGAGAUGAUAUGAUUCUAUGCGGACGCCCUUUUUUUUUCGUGAUUUUGUCUCGUGCGCGAGGGGAUCCCGUUUCGCGAUAUGGGAAUUUGUUCUCCGCGCGCCCUUCGUGUACAUGGAUGAGAUCAAUGUUCUGACGAGUUGCUUUCUGGUAUAGAUGGAUACGUUCGGAUAUGGUCUACGGAGGCCAUUUACAACGCUGCCGACCCUGCCUACGCCAGCAAGCCAAAGCAGCUGGCUUCCAUGAGCAACCAUUCGGGGACAAUCCACACGGUUCGGUUUUCGCCAAAUGGGAGGUACCUUGCGUCGGGAGCGGAUGAUAAGAUUGUUUGCGUAUAUACAUUGGAUUCAAACCCGCCCUCGCAUGCGUCGACGUUUGGGACGAAUGAAGCGCCUCCGGUUGAGAAUUGGCGUACGAUACGAAGGUUAAUAGGGCACGACAAUGAUGUGCAAGAUCUCGGCUGGUCGUACGAUUCCUCGAUCCUCGUCUCCGUCGGUCUAGAUUCCAAAGUCGUUGUCUGGUCUGGGCAUACAUUUGAGAAGUUGAAGACUCUGUCGAAUCACCAGAGUCAUGUUAAGGGAAUCACAUUUGAUCCGGCAAACAAGUAUUUUGCUACCGCAAGUGAUGAUCGGACCGUGCGAAUCUUUCGAUUUACUUCUCCCGCCCCCAACUCUACCGCCCAUGAUCAGAUGAACAACUUCGUUCUCGAACACACAAUAAUCGCCCCAUUUGCUAAUUCGCCAUUGACUGCGUACUUCCGUCGAUGCUCGUGGUCGCCGGAUGGCAUGCACAUAGCUGCUGCCAACGCGGUCAACGGACCUGUUAGCUCAGUCGCCAUUAUCAACCGUGGUUCUUGGGAUGGGGACAUCCAUCUGAUCGGGCAUGAAGCGCCGGUGGAGGUUUGCGCCUUUUCUCCGAGACUGUAUUCCAGCCAACCGAUCGAUAAGCCGACGGUCGACAGUCAAGGUCAUGCCAUGCACAAUCUGGUCACUGUUAUCGCAUGCGCUGGAGGAGAUAAGUCAUUGAGUGUUUGGAUCACCAGCAACCCUCGACCCAUUGUCAUCACACAAGAUAUUGCAUCAAAGUCGAUCUGUGACCUUGCCUGGUCUCCUGACGGCAAAUGUCUUUUUGCUUGUGCUCUUGACGGAACAAUUGUCGCCGUCAGAUUUGAGGAUGCGGAGCUAGGAUUUCCAAUGGCUAUGGAGGAAAAUGAGAAAUCGCUUACCAAGUUUGGAACAAACAGAAGGGGAGCGGGCAUUCCCGAGACGACUGAUGGCUUGCUGCUCGAGGAAAAGAGCAAGGCCGGCGAGAUCAAGGAUGUCGAGGGCAGGAUGGGUGCCUUGAUGGGAGAUCAUCAUCCUUCAAAUGAACCUACCAAUGGAACUCCAGCGCUACCUACGACCAACGGUACAACUCCUGCUGGCGGUCCGUCUCCGUCCGCAGAGCCAGCAAAGGCCCAGACCAAUGGCACAGCUGCACCGUCAGCUACUGAACCAGAGAAACCUGAUCCAUACCAGGCCAAGCUGGAGAGGUUGAAGCAGCGUCCUACAUACACGAAAGAAGGCAAAAAGCGUAUACAACCACUGCUAGUCUCAGGAGCCGGCGCGGCGCAGUCUUCUCUUCCCCAAGCCCGACUUAUGGCUGCUACUGUGAGCAACCAAGCCAAAGCCGAUGCACCGCAGUCCAUCGUCGAUCUCUCUAAGCCGUUCGAUGCACUGCCAAAAGGCGGUCUGGCGGCGCUGCUGUUUGGAAACAAGCGCAAAUUGGCACAGAUCGAAGGCGAUGAAGAGGGCCAGGUAGAAAAGCGCAUAGCAUUGGCAAGUCAGAACGGUGCGACGGCCAUCCUUUCGAACACGGUAGAUGGCCUUCUUCCGGCGCAAUCGCAACCCCCCGUGACAGGGCAACAGGCUACACCGGAAUUUAUACGCCCUGCAGUGACCAACCCUUGCAUGACUAUCAGUCAGCUUCGACUAGCUGUUCCAAAGGUGCGCAAUCAAAUCGUGCGUGCCUUGGAUGCCAAUGGCGAUCCUACGGAGCCGCCAAGCGCUUCAAAUGAUUCGAGCAAGUCUCGAGCGGACCUCGUUUUCGAGGCCCGGAACCCUCCGCCAGCAACGUUGACUGGCAGAGCGGCGGAUCGAGAACCAGUCCGCAUCACCUUGACUAAAGGUGACCAGCCCUUAUGGCAGGAUUUCCUGCCAAGAACCGUGCUUCUGGUGACUGGAAAUGAGGGCAUGUGGGCUGCUGCGUGCGAAGACGGUUCGAUAUAUAUCUGGACCCCUGCAGGUCGUCGACUUGUCAGUGCCUUGGUGCUUGAGGCUCAGCCGGUCAUCCUCGAGUCCCACGGUCCUUGGAUUCUCGCUAUAUCUGCGGUUGGCAUGUGCUAUGUCUGGAACGUAAAGACGCUUUCGUCACCGCAUCCCCCAGUAUCUCUCCAGCCUGUUCUGGACGCCGCUAUACAUACCAUGACUGCACAUCCGACGCCGGCACCCGCGAUCACCAACGCGCGGAUCAAUUCUGAAGGACGUAUCGUUGUUGCACUCUCGAAUGGCGAAGGCUAUACAUACUCUCAGGCAAUGUAUACAUGGCAGCGAAUCUCGGAAGCCUGGUGGGCCGUCGGAAGUCAAUACUGGAACACAACAGACGUCUCAGUCGGCAACAUCCGGACCUCCGGUGCUGAGCAGGACAGCGAAACGAAGAGAACCGUCUCUGCAGGCAUUAUUCCGUUCUUGGAGCGGAAUACGACGAGUGAAACACUGCUCCGUGGUCGGGCAUACUUCCUACAGCGUCUCAUCAAAGUUCUUCUCUCCCGGGAGGGUUACGAGAGUUUCGAGUCGAGUGUCUCCAUUGCUCACCUCGAGAAUCGUGUGGCAGCAGCGUUGUCUCUGGGAGCCAAGGAGGAAUUCCGCCUCUACCUCUCGAUGUAUGCCAAGCGCAUUGGGGCUGAAGGGCUUAAGCUGAAGGUCGAGGAGUUACUGAAGGCUCUGGUCGGCGGUAUCUUCGAAGAGGAAGACGAGACGGAUACUGUGCGGAAACUGCAGGCAAACGAAAAAGAGGGCAGGAACUGGCAGGAUGGCUCUGACACUCUCUGUGGCUGGCCACGAGACGUCUUAUUGAAGGAGGUGCUUCUAGCCAUAGGUAAGCAUCGGGAUCUUCAACGGGUUACGGUGCCCUAUGCAAAACUACUGGGGGUUCUGCACGAGGAGUCCGGUCAAGGAGAUGCUAUGGAGACCUAACAGGCGGUAUUGUGUGGUUCAUUUUUCUCUGGCGUUCAUAAAGGCAUUUACGGGAGAGCGAGGAAAUGGGGUCUCUUUCAGUACGGGACAGGGCCAAGUCCUAUUAUUCUGCUACAGUAGGUUUUGGAUGGUUUUUUCUGUUCUUCUUGUAGUUUGUAACAUACCAAUUGCUCCUCUACUUUCUUAUAUCGCGUGCGCAUGUGUUUAUGACUGGUGGCUACUUUUCUUCAUCUGUUCCUUGAGCCUUUUAGUUCUGCUGUUUAUCCAAGCUAUUCU